AUGUUCCCCCCCACCUCACUAAAGAGCAUCCCCAUCCUGCUCGGCUUCCUAACCACAUCAUCGUCAUCAUCAGCAGGACAAGCCGCAGCCGUCGAAGUAGACCUGCGCUGGCAUGCCCCUUCCCAAACACAGUUUAAUGAUUUAGCUACGGCCCUCAACGGCACGGGUAUCUACGGCUUCAUCUUCAACUCUUCCACCACCCCCGACGCCGAAUACGGGACUUACAACUGGUGCAAUAUGCCGCACGUGCGACACACCGAGUAUCCGGUCCCUAACUCGUCUUUCUCCUUGUCGUACGUGGAAGUCAUCCACCGACACCACAAACGCACCCCUUACGCGGCGAAUUCGUUUCCCGUGGAAUCGUACGCGUGGAACUGCGAUGAUCAGGGAUUGUUUUAUUUUGGGCAGCAUUUGCCUCUCAUAACCGGAGAGGGGAAAGGAAACGGAGCCAGAGGCGCAGAAACGUACUGGAGCGGCUUCAUGUCGCCCGUAAACCCGUUCCAAGCCAAGGGGUGGACGGGCACCUGCCAGUUCCCGCAGAUCAGCGCGUCGGGACUGGAUGAUAGUUGGACGCACGGCGCGGAUCUGUACGGGACGUAUCAUGACUUGCUUGAGUUUCUACCUAGUCGCGAAGAAGCUGCGCAAGAUCCGGAGAGCUGGAGGAACAAGGUCGUCUACCGCGUGACCAAUAACCAGAUCACGAGUCAAGUGGCCGGGAUGGUGAUCGCGGGCAUGUGGAACACGACGGAUGCUGUUGCCGUCAUCAUCCAACCCGCGGGGAUUGAUUCUUUGGAGCCGCAAUACAGCUGUGCCGUUGGCAGUACAACCUGGGACGACAUCAAAAGCGCUUCUAACCCCGCUUGGGCAGAACACCAAACAGCUGCCGAGGACCUGUACGCCAGUCUGGACGAUAUAUCAGGCAUUCCAGUGGACGACACCGAGACCGGCUUCCACGAUAGCUUUGACCACUACUACGACAACCUGUCUGCGCGGCAGUGCCAUUCCAAACCCCUACCCUGCAAGCUAAUCAACGGAGCCAACAGCAGCACCACCUGCAUCACGCAGGAUAUGGCCAAUGCGGUCUAUCGCAUGGGACAGUGGGAGUACAGCCAGCUGUACCGGGACGCGAACUCGAGUCUGGCUGCCAGUGUAGGGAAUUAUGGGGUUUGGAUCGCGGAGCUGGCGGCGCAUUUCAGGGCUGUGGUAGCUGGAGAGAAAAAUGGGGAGAGAGGGCCAAUUUAUGUGCAUAAUGUGGCGCAUGAUGGAAGUGUGAGUCGGGUGCUGAGCAUUUUGCAGGUGGAGAUAAUGGUUUGGCCUGGGAUGGGGAGCGAGGUUGUGUUUGAGGUUUGGAAGAAGGCUGAGAACGUUGAUGCUGCGACAAAAAGGAGUGGAUAUUAUGUUCGGGUUCUGUUUGGGGGGCAGCCUCUGAAGUCGAGCAAUCCGACCCUGGGGCUGAUUGACAUGCUGCCCGUUGAGACUCUGUUGGCCUACUUCGAUGGCUUAGUGGGUCAGAAUGCGAGUUCGAUGGUUGGGAAGUGUAAUGGGACGAUACCUCUAUAG